GUUAUUAAUCAAUUGAGACAUUGUAUAAAUACAACAAACAAACAAAAGUAUCAUUUUUUAUCGAUCGUUUAGUUAAUCCUUUCGUUUUCAAAAAAUAAAAAAAAAUAAAAAAUUUCUUCACUUCAUCAUUAUUUCAUCAUUAUCAUCAGAAUAAUUCAUUCAAAAAAAAAAAAAAAAAAAGAAAAGAAAAUUAUCAUGAAUAUCCUUAAAUCAAGAAAUAAAUGGCGUAUUAAUGAAAAAUUAGUAUCGAAAAUUAUUAUCGAUAAUAAUGGUGAUCCAAAACGUAGAUUAUUUCAACAUCGUUUAUUAAUAUUAAUAAUAACAUUUAUAAUUUAUUCAACAUAUCAUAUAUCACGUAAAUCAAUGUCAGUGGUUAAAUCAAAAUUAUUUAUCGAUGUAAAUUCAACUGAAAAUUGGUCACCAUUCGAAGGACAAUAUGGUAAAUCAAUGUUAUCAAUGAUGGAUGCAUUAUAUUGGGGAAAUUAUGCUGUAUUUAUGUUUUUUACCGGUUAUUUUGCUGAACGUAGUGAUUUAAGAUAUUUUAUUUCUGGUUCAUUAAUAUUAUGUGGUAUAAUGUGUAUUAUACUUGGUUUAUCACAUCAAUUAAAAAUACAUUCAGAAACAUUUUUUAUUAUAAUGGAAUGUUUAAAUGGUAUUGUACAAACAACUGGUUGGCCAACUGUUGUUGCAAUUGUUGGUGUUUGGUUUGGUAAUCGUAAAAAAGGUUUAAUAUUAGGUAUUUGGAAUUUACAUACAAGUUUUGGUAAUAUUCUUGGUUUAGUUAUUGCCGGUGCAUUUGUUGAUAUUGAUUGGGGUUUUUCAUUCAUUAUACCUGGUUUAAUUUGUAUUGUAGUGGCAAUUUUAUCGUUUUUAUUUCUAAUACCACAUCCUAACGAUAUUGGUAUUGAUGUUGAAAGUAUUGAUAAUGAACAAACAACAACAACAACAUUGAUUGAAUCACAAUCAUCAUUGAAUCAUCUUGAUAAAAAUAAUAAUAAUAAUAACCCGAAUGAUAAUGAAAAAGCAAUUAGUUUUUGGAAAGCAUUACUUAUACCGGGUGUUAUUGAAUUUGCAUUCUGUUUAGCAUUUACAAAAUCUGUUUCCUAUAUAUUUUUGAAUUGGUUGCCAAAAUUUCUUGAAGAAAAUGAUCAUCUAAGUUCAUCAUCAUCAGCAUAUCAAUCAAUAAUGUUCGAUAUUGGUGGUAUGAUUGGAUCAAUAAUAGUUGGUUUAUUAGCUGAUCGUACAAAUUCAAGUGGAAUAAUAUGUAUCUUAUUUCUAAUGCUUGCUAUACCAAGUUUAUUUGUUUUUGAAAAAUAUUCAGCCAUAUCAAAAGCAAUGAAUUUUCUAUUACAAUUUAUAGCCGGUUUUUUUAUCAAUGGACCAUAUGCAUUAAUAACAACAGCUGUUUCAGCAAAUCUUGCAUGUAAAGUACCAUCAAAAAGUGCAAUGGCAACUGUUUCGGCUAUUAUUGAUGGUACUGGAUCAAUUGGUGCUGCAAUUGGACCGGCAAUUACCGGACCAUUAGCCGAUAAAUUUGGUUGGAAUUCAAUAUUUAAUCUAUCGAUGUUUAUGGAUUUUUUUGCUAUUCUAUGUUUACUACGUAUUGGUUAUCAAGAAAUUCGUGUUUUUAUUUGAAAAAAAACAUACGACUGUAUCACUUUACUUAAUUUUUAUUUCUAUAGGAUUUUCUGAUUUUCUUUGGCACACAUCUUUUUCACACGAAUAAAC